GUUCGAACUCUAAACAGAGGCGAUGUGGGUGGUCCGCUUUUCAGUCAAACAGUAAUGUGUUCAGGAAAUAACCAUGUGAAGUGUAAUGCUCCCAAGAAACGAGGCUAUGGGGAAUGCUCCACCACAUGUGUUAGUAGGAGUAUUGGUACUUAUUACAGCUGUCAUUUCUCAAACGGCUGCCUCUGCCAUUACUCCUAACACUGACACACUCGCCGAUGUCUCAGAGACCAAAACCACUACUGAGAGCUUAGGAAAAGGGAAUUCUGGAAAUGGAGUUUCAGACACGCUUCCUAUGAUACGCACUAAUCGAUCUAAAGCAUUUGUGAAGCCGACUGAUGCCCCGGAUGAUACAUUUGUUGGUAAUGAGAGGGCUUCUGUUGACCCUUUUUCAUUCUCACCUGAAGGACCCUUCCCAGCAAGCUUUAACGACAGUCAGAAUGUUGAUCCUUGUAAACAAAAUGCUCAUUGUGAACCCUUGGAAGAAACGACCUGUCUUGGUGUGCGUUUACCCUAUGGACAAACCUCCCUAAAUCUGACAGGUCUCCCAAGUCAACAGGUUGCUAGGGAACACUUAGAAUUUUGGUCUCGCUUGCGCAACAUCCCAAGAUGUUGGGCUGUGGUUCAACCACUCCUUUGUGCUGUAUUUUUACCACGGUGCGAGGAAUCAUCAGUGCAAUUGCCUUCUCAGAAGAUGUGCGUAAUCACAAGAGGUCCUUGCCGUCUUGUGGAAGAAGAUUGGCCCCCUUAUUUAAGGUGCAAGGAAGAUUUCCCGCAUAAGUGUAAGAACAGCGCAAGGGAACUCAAGUUCAACACGACUGGCCAGUGUGUUCCACCACUCGUUGCUACAGAAGAGGAAUCUUCUUGGUAUGAGGGAGUUAAAGGAUGUGGCAUACAGUGUGCGAAUCCAAUCUUCACUUCACAGGAGCAUGAGGAUCUGCACCAGUUUGUUGCCACAAUUGGUGGGAUAUGUCUCGCCUGUGCUGCUCUGACAGUGCUCACAUAUUUGAUAGACUGGCGUGCAGCAAACAAAUAUCCUGUGCUAAUUAUCUUCUACAUCAAUGGGUGCUUCUUGAUAGCCAGCAUAGGCUUCAUGGUCCAGUUCCACCCUGGGGUACGUCAGGACCUGACUUGCCGUUCAGAUGGCACUCUUCGACAAGCUGAGCCCAGUUCGGGUGGAAACCUGUCAUGUGUGGUUGUGUUUGUCUGCAUUUAUUACUUCAUGGUAGCAGGGGGAAUGUGGCUGAUUAUCUUGGCAUAUUCUUUGCACACUAGCUUUAAGUCUUAUGCAGCUGGUCUCUGUGGUGAAGAACUGGAGCGUCGUGCAGCAUACUUCCACCUCAUAGCCUGGUCUCUGCCUCUAGUCUUGACCAUCACCAUCAUGGCCCUGGCAGAGGUUGAAGCAGACUCCCUUGCAGGCAUCUGCUUCCUCUCCUCAGCAAUCCACAUUCGGAUAGGAUUCCUUCUGCUACCUGUCAUUCUCAUUGUGAUCAUUGGAGGAUUCUUCUUGGGGAGAGGAAUGAUGAAGCUGAUAUAUCUGAAAAUGGAGUGCUGUACCAUUAUUAGUGAUAAUGCCAACAGCAAGAUUGUGGAAACCAUAAUUAGACUUGCUAUUAUCACCAUUACACUUGUCACCUUCACUGCCAUCACUGUAUACUGCCACAUCUAUCAGUACAAGAAUCAGCACCUAUGGGAUGAUGCACUGAGAGAUUACAUCAUGUGCGUUUCCAACAUCACAGCAGAUGUUCAGGACAGCAGUAGAACCCCUUGCAAAAUUGCUGAACGUCCAAGCAUCAAUCUGUACAAACUCCACUUAUUAGCUCUCUUUGGUGCAGGGAUUAUCAUGUCUUCAUGGUGCUGGACGCCCAACACCAUACAGGCAUGGAAACGUUUUUUCAGAAGAGUGGCAGGAGUCCCGAGUGAAGAGCCUCUGCGCUUAGCAAAGCACAAGGUUAUAGCUCAAGCUUUUGCCAAACGCCAUGACUUAAAUAACAUGGGAAGGCUGUCCAUCAGUCUGCACUCCAUGCAUGAUGAUCCUAUAGGAUUGAACUUCGAAAUGAACAGCAUGACUUCAGGUGACCUUUCCUCUGCUUGGGCUCAUGCUAUUCCUCAUCUCAUGACACGGCGAGGUGCUCUGGUUGGCUCUACUGCUCUUGGUCUUCGCAGGAAUUCUGUUGAUUCAGAAUAUAGUGUCAGUCGAAGAUUCUCUCUUGAGUCAGGCUGUAAUAAUCGUAGCUCUCGUCGACACUCACUAGACUCACAGAUGUCAUUCCACGUAUCUGAUGCCGAAAGGCUGGCAGCACUCCAUACUGCUGCGCGCUUUGGCCGUCGCAAGAGGCGAGACUGGUUUAGUCUGAAAAGGGGUCGUCGGAUGAAUGCCUGGGACAGAAGGGGAUCUAACACUUCAGAUGAUAGCAACCUCGGUUCUAUGAUUUUGCCAGCUGUCACCAUGAACCAGGACACCCUCUUCACUAACAUGAUGAAGCGCCUGAAUUUGAGCUCAGAUGACCCUACCCGCUCUGAAAGAACUAUUCCCUCAGCUCCUCCAGCCAAGUCUGUCAACCUGAAUGUAGUCCCUCUGCCAGGUCAGGCUCCCCUUGAAUCUGAGGAUGAUGUGGGGGCAGAGAACCAUGCCUAUGCUGACAAUGACUCUAUUACACACACUGUACUCAACAAUGUUCUCAAGAGUGUUGAGCUGAAGAGGCAGGAGAACUAUACCAGAGCAGCCACAGCACUUGAGGAGGGGCUACUGACCUCAGCCCAGGGUAGGGUCAGCAGCAGGAGGGGUUUCACAACUGAAAGUAGGGAAUCAAGAGGGGUCAGUAUUGGGGUCCAAGCAUCACUCAUUGGUAGUCCAGCUGUUAUAAUGGUAGACAAGGGGGUCCAAGUCUCUUCUCCCCUCUUUAGUCGGGGGAGUCAGGCAUCACAGACACAUGACUGGGAACUAAGCCCAACCCAUGCCUACAAGCUACAGGACUCUGGCAAGAAGACCAUGGGUGAAACAAGCUUCAUGAGCCAGAGGAAACUACAAAACAAUGAGCGACCAGGAACUCCUGUCACCAAGCUGCCCAAGAAGCUAAAUGUCAGUAAUGAUAAAUCUGCAACAAAUAAGAAUAUAAAUAGCAGUCAUGGGUCUCACAAACGCAGUGCAAGUGCCAGGUCAGGGAACAUAAGUGGCAAGAGCAGAAGAAGUAGAGGUGAGAGUGCUGAUGUCAUAACAGUUUUAGACAUGGAUGAAGAUAGUGAUUAAAAAUUAAAUUAUUUAUAUGAUAUUUCACAAUAUUUGUUACCCAAGUAAUAUGGUAUAAUAAUAUUCUGCAGACAAUGUGAGAAACAUUUUAACUCUUCAAAGAACUUUGCAAAAAGUAUAAAAACACUCUUGUUUAAUCCCUCACAAUGCUCUCUCUCAGUGGAUUGUGGUAGUGAGUUUGUGCCAAAUAUGAAAAAUACACUAAGGGUUAACUGGUUUUCAAUCACUUCCUGCAAAUGAAAGAGUGCUAUUGGAGACCCAAAGUACGUAACUCCAGUUUUCCAAUUUCUGUCAAAAUACUCCUCUUACUUUUCACUCCACUUUCUCUUGGGAUACUCAUACCAUUCACAUCAUCAUUACCAGUCACAUCCUUCUCAGACUUUCCUUUUCUGCAUGUGGUUACUGGGUCCAGUUGAUUGCCACAGUCGAUACAAAUACUGGUUUAAUCCAUGGCGUUUUGCUUUCUUGUCUCACUUUGUAACUAAUAUAUAUUGUGAUUUAUAGUGAUUGUUUGCCCUACAUGGUGUUUGUUUCUAGCUGGUAUGUAAGAAUACAGGGAACUUAAAGGUAUUUAGAAUGGGGGUGAGAAAUAAUACACAUUGAUGAGCUUACAGGUUGUAUGCAUAGUUGUAUGUGAAGUCAAGAGAAAUUUUUACAAUUGUAAUAUAUAAUGGAAAUCACACAGCAAAGUAUAUGCAGCAGUGACAGCUAUGUUUUUUUUAUCAUUUUGAGUGCAUUAUUAAAUAUGCAAUGCAAAGAUCUUUUGCAGUUAUGGGUAAUGAUGAGCAAAAUCCAUUACAAUGUAUGAUUUUGUAUGACCUAUGAUAUCCUAUGCUCUAGUUAUUUUAUUCCUUGUGCAUUUAGUAUAUAUGGUAAUGAUGAUUAUUUUUGUAGUUGUGGAUUUUAUAUUUACUGUGGACCGAUUUGUUUCCUGAAAAAGAAAUCAAGUAAUAUUUACUUUACUGGUUUCUCAUAAAAUAAGAAAUGCUUAAAGGUAUUAUCAGUACAACAUUUUACAUUUUUUUAGUUAUCAUACUUGCAUUUAGAGUAACAUUUCACUUCUUACUCAGUAUAUUAUGUAAGAUUCAUUAUGAAGCUUUGUAUAAGUGUGUAAGAACAAUAUGCUUGUGUCUGCAUGACAUCACUGUACUGUAAGUUUGAAUUUAACAUGUAACAUGUGGAGAGAAAUGGUAUAUACAUGUAAUUAGAGGGAAAUGGUAUCUCUGUAUAAUACUGUAUUUAAAAUAGUAUUGUGAUGCAUUAGUUAUGUGAUGUCAUGCAGACACAUUUCUUAUUGAUGAAAAAUUAAAAGUACAGUAUAAAGAUAUGUAUAAAACUGUAUAUGAUUACAAUACAGGACAUUUUGGUUGAGUUUUUUUAUUUUUUAUUACAAAUGUAACAAUAUAGAAAUAUUUAAAUAUGGUUUGUAAUAUUUGUAAUACAGUUUUUUAGUACUUUUUUAGAUUUAAAAAAAUGUGGGUCACUUUAGUGCCAAAGCAAGUGAUAAUGUUUUUCAUUAUGAUACCAGAUUGCUGCUCUGGAUAUUUAAGUUCAAAGAACUGUAGCAACCCCCCCCAAAAAAAAAAAAAAAAAAAAAUUAAUACCAUAAACAAACAAAUCUUGUGUGUGGUUGUUCUCAUAGUAAAAAGAUUGUAGAUUACAUUGAAAUAUUUAAACAUAUUGCAGAAAUUUGCAUAGCAACUCUGACAAUCAUCAUAGAUUGAUUUAAAAGAAAAGACCCAUUGAAGUAUUGUAGAAAUUAUGUUGUUAUAAGGUUAUCCAUUGUACUUAAUGAAUCAGCUAUUUAUUGUACUGCUAAAGGCUAUUGUUGCUAUUAUGGCAGAACUCUAUUGGAAGCCGAAGAUGGUUAAUGGAAUGUAAAAUUGGGAUGAAUUGAAAUGACCUGUCUUAGGUUAAAUAUUAUACUCUAAAUUGAUUUGAUUUACUUGCAUUAGUUUUAAGGUGACAUUAGCGGGUAUGUACCUGAUAUACUGGUGAUUUUUAUGAAUACUGUUGAAAAGUAGCCAAAAAGUAUCAUACUAUAUUUUUCAGUGAGAGACGGUUUGUAAUUCAAGUGAUGUUCUCAUUUUAUAGUUGAUGUGGUAUGUAAUUUUUAUAUAAGUAAUCUCUUGUUGCCAAAAAUAGGGAUUUUACCUGUUGAAGAUCUUAGAAGAUUGAGUAUAAGAUUAUACAGUUCUUCUUUGUUAUUAUUGUUGUUAUUUUGAUCAAGUUUUCAGUUUACAACAAUGACAGCUAUAGAUUUUUUUAUCAUGUGUUUUGCACCUGUGAGGUAUAUCAAGUGUUCAUUGAGAAAUCCAUGAAUGAUUUUUAUAUCCAUGUUUUUGCUUUUUUCAUGAACUUGUAAUGAAAAGCUGUUUCUAGAUAUGCAUACGUUAUGCAUGGUGUUAUUCAUUGGGAAAAAUGAAGUUAGUUGUGAUAUUAUAUAAAAUAAGUUAAUGUGGUAAAUCUCUGCUUUUAGUCCUUUGUCAUUUGUACUUUUUAAAAAGAUAAGUUAAUGUGUUUAAUCUCAGUGUUUAGUCCAUUGUCAUUUGUACUCUAGCAUUUUUAUAGAAUAUUAUAAAAUAUUGUGCUGUGUCCCUGGAGUAUGUAAGUGUAGGUGUGGUAAUAAUUUAUUAAAGGGGAAAUUUUCUUUUAAUUCAAGUAACUUAUAAAAAUGGCACUCCCAUUAUAUGAAAUUUUACUUUUUUUUAUUUAUAAGUCAUUGUAUUUAGAUCUUAUGUUAAUUAUCUUGUCUUAUAGUUAUUUUUAUUGCCUAUGUUCCAUAUGAAUCUGGUUUAUUAUUAUGACAGUAGAAGAAUCAACAAUGCACAAACUUGAUUUAUCAAAAAUAAGACCAGCUUUGAUUAUGAUUAAUAUUACUAUUGUUAUUAUCAUAGUAAUUUUUUUUAUUACUAUAUAGUAGUGGCAUUGUUAUUGUUAUAGUUACUGCUAUUAUCAUUAUUAUUAUUACUUUUACUUUUAUUAUUAUUAUGAUUACCAUUACUAAUUAUAAUUAUUAUCACUUGUGUGCCAUGUGGCUUAGUUGCAAUUAAAAAAAAUUGUCAUAUAAAUUUUCUCAGGUCACAUUAUGCAAAAUAAAUUCUAGUACUAAAUUUUGA